CUCAUUUUGACUUUCACGCUCUCACCGUUGCAGACGGUAGCCCCCACACCCCAGAAAGGACGGAGAGGAAUCCUCAGUCAGUUACUCGCACUGCCAGUGCUCCUCCCCAGCCCUCACUCAUCGCCUUCGUCUCAUUCAAUUCCUCCCCAAUUCGUCCCGCGUUCCCCUCUGUUGCGUUCGUCCAGCUCACCGAUCGAUCUCCUUCCCCAUUUAGCCGUUCCCGGUAGGAAAGCGAGCUAGCUAGCUCUAGCUCCACUCGACUCCGGCACGUUCUCCUGCUCCACUCCGCGCGCCUGCCCCCAGCGGCGAGAAGCUGCGCGGAUCGACGGGCCAAGAACCGGAUCGGCCGGCCAAUGAAGCCCGCCGCGAGGAAAGACGCCGCUGCUGGCGGAGGAGGCGGCGGUGGCGGAGUGGGCGCAUUUGGUGUAUCGUGCUUCGACUUCAAGUCCUUCGUCGCCUCCAUCGCGCUCCUCACGCUCGUCAUCGCGCUCUGGCAGCUCCACCCCUACGGUCCCUUCCUCUCCGCCUCACGGCCAUACUGUCCCCUCCUCCCGCGCUCACUCACCAAAGCGUCCUCCCACUCCGCCGCCGCCACAUUCCCCUCCGCCAACUCCACCUUCGCGGCUGUCACUACAGCCGCACCAACGGUUGCCUCCGCCGCCACGACGAUGCCAGGCUUUCUCCCGGCGGCCCGGCCGCGGGAUCCGAACAAGCGGGAGCUCCGGCCGUACGGCAGCGCGGCGGCGCUGUUCGUUCAGAUGGGCGCGUACCGGGGCGGCCCGCGCACGUUCGCCGUAGUCGGGCUGGCCUCCAAGCCGGCGCACGUCUUCGGCACACCUUACUUCAAGUGCGAGUGGGUGCCCAGCCCGGACCCGGCGAGCCCGUCGCCGCCGCGGCCCGUCCGGACCAAGGCUUACAAGAUGCUCCCCGACUGGGGGUAUGGCCGCGUCUACACCGUCGUCGUCGUCAACUGCACCUUCCCUUCCAACCCCAACGCCGCCAACAGCGGGGGCAAGCUCCUUGUCCACGCCUAUUACUCCACCGCCUCCCGCCGCUACGAGCGCUUCGUCGCGCUCGAGGAGGCGCCGGGGUCCUACGACGAGUCCCGCUUCCGGCCGCCCUUCCCCUACGAGUACCUCUACUGCGGCUCCUCGCUUUACGGCAACCUCAGUGCCGCCCGCAUGCGGGAGUGGCUCGCCUACCACGCGCAGUUCUUCGGACCCAAGUCGCACUUCGUGCUCCACGACGCCGGCGGCGUCAGCCCGGAGGUCAGGGCAGUGCUGGAUCCGUGGGUCAGGGACGGCAGGGUCACCGUCCAGGACAUCCGGGCGCAGGCCGAGUACGACGGCUACUACUACAAUCAGUUCUUGGUUGUGAACGACUGCCUCCACCGGUACCGGCACGCCGCGAAUUGGACCUUCUUCUUUGACGUUGACGAGUACAUCUACCUCCCCGACGGCCGGACGCUGCAGGAGGUGCUCGGGCAGCUGGAGCGGUACACGCAGUUCACCAUUGAGCAGAACCCCAUGUCCAGCAAGCUCUGCGUGGAGGAUCCGACCAAAGACUACCCGAGGGAAUGGGGGUUUGAAAAACUUGUCUUUCGUAAUUCAAUCACUGGAGUCAGGCGAGACCGCAAAUAUGCAAUCCAAGCUCGGAACGCGUACUCGACAGGUGUGCACAUGUCGCAAAAUGUCUACGGGAGAACAACCCACAAGACGGAAAGCUUGAUCAGAUACUACCAUUAUCACAACUCGAUCAACGUCAUGGGGGAGCUUUGCCGGGAGUUUGUGCCAAAACCGACUAAUGGGAGUAAGGUAAUGUUCGAGGGGAUACCAUACGUCUACGAUGACAACAUGAAGCGAUUGGCAGCGGAGAUCAAAAGCUUUCUGCAGGAAACUGUUGGAUAAACGUGAACUUUUAAAUUUAAUUUAAUUCUUAAAUAAACUAUAAACAUAAAUUGAUAAAUCAAAAUCAUGAUAUAGUGACAGUUUAACUUAAACAUAUAAGUAACAGAAUUACGUAUGUAAUACUCGAAUGCGGUUGCUAACAUGAACAUUACAGAACUACUUAUCAUGAUAAAUAUGACUAGAUACAGAUUG